AUGGCCAUCGACUCGAAGGUAGAAGAGGAAAUCUUGACGAUGGUGGGGGUCGCCGAUAAGAGAGUCCGUGCCAUGGACGAGUCCGCCGCCGAAGCCUGUUUCAACAGUGCUCCUACCCCUAGGCUCCGGGGAAAGGACAUGCCCUACAUGAAAGUCGCAGCCUCGGUCAACCUGGCGACCAUACCGGAGGAGAACCUCACCGAAGAGUAUUUUGGAAGGUUGUUGGGAGGCGGCGCUUCCAUUGUUGUACUGGACAUCACCAAGGGAGUUUUUAGCGAGGCUGGUAUCACACAAGUCGGGAAAAGCGCGGUCAUUAUCCCACCGGUUCGCACUGGCGCCGAAAUUACAUCAUCUCGGAGCUCUGCCCUGGGAAGGAAGAGGAGAAGAAUUAAGAUAUUCAGUAUCUGCGCCCGUGCGAAUUUGGCUGGAAAAUUGCUUUCCAGUGAUCAAGCGUCACAUGCUGCUGCUACCAUCCAUACACUAGAGGACCAAGUUUCGGCGGCAGAUGCAUUUUCGUCGAGUCCGAGUAAAUCUGACUCGGUGGUACGACUGGUGGUCGAGAGAGCCAUCGCAAUACAGAGGGACCCGGGCAAUGAGGCUAAGCUCAUAGUGGCCUUCUCGGACGAUGGAACAACAGCGGCUAUGCUUUCUAGGAUGAGGCCUUCUUGCAAGAUCCUGGCCAUGUCGGCCUCUGAGGCAGUGGUGAACUUCUUCACAACCCUCUGGGGUGUCGAGCCACUGCAGACAUCUAGUUAUCAAUCGGCAGAAGCAGUGAUUCAAAAUGUGAAGGAUUUCUGUAAGGACACUGGUCUGGCCGCCUCGGGCACUAACCUCGUGGUUGUACGCCCGAUACCGUCCACGGCUACUCUAGAGGAGAUCGAUGAUCUGGAUGCUUUUGUCGAGCUGGUGGAGGUCUAG